AUGGCGUCGAACGUGGGCCGCGCCGGGCUGCGCGCCGAGGAUUCCGUGGAGAUCCACGGCUGCGUCGUCGACGCGACGCGGCCGGGCGAGGCCUGGGAGCGGCUCGUCGCCUACAGCGCCCACCGCUACCCGGCGAGCGCGCUCCACGACGGCGGCGACGGUGCGCCGCCGGGCAAAGUGCGCUGGGUCUUCCUCAGUGACACCUGCGGCCUCCACCACGCCAUGGCCGACGUGCCGAACGGCGACGUGCUCGUGCACUGCGGCAACUUCUCGACGACGGGCAGCGUCGAGCGCACGCGCGAGUUCGUGGAAUGGUUCGCGGGCCACCCGCACCGGCGCAAGGUGCUCGUCGCCGGGAACCACGACACGUCGCUCGACGCCGAUUUUUACGACGCGCACUGGCGGCGCCUCCACCCGACGCGGCGCGACGACGCGGCGCUGCGGGAGGCGCUCCGGAGCGACGGCCGCUUCGCGUACCUCGAGCACGCGUCGGCGACGGUCUUGGGCUACGAGGUCUUCGGGUCGCCCCACACGUCCGACGCCUACGGGAACUGGGCCUUCCACUACGACCGGGGGCCCGAGGCCGCGAAGCUCUGGGCGGCGAUCCCGCCGAGUACGGACGUUUUAGUCACGCACGCGCCGCCGCUGGGCGUCGGCGACGCCGGCGGCGACGGCGCCUGGCGCCGGGGCUGCGCCCACCUGUUGCAGGCCGUGCUCCACGUCGCGCGCCCCGUCGUCCACGCCUUCGGGUCCAUGCACGAGGCCGCGGGCUGCUACCGCCUCGAGGCGAAGAUGGGCGACGCGACCGUCGAGGCGCCGACGGACGCCGUCUUCCUCAACGCGUCCAUCUGCGGGCCCAGGGCGAAGCCGUCGAACCCCUGCGUCGUCGUCGACCUGCCGGAU